AAAAUACAAAUCAACAAUAUGCCAAACCUAACCUACAAUUCACACGUCCAAACUAGGUCGCCAAGUGACGAAUUGAUUAUCUCAGAGUGCGAUUAUCGUCCGGAAAUUAAUAAACGUCAAUACUCACACUGCUGUCGUUCAUAAUUCUACAUAUCAUAUACCUUCCCGAUCAUCCUAUUUCCAUUAUUUUACUUCCUUUCCCGAGUGCCCGCUCCUCUUCGUUCUCCAUAUUUACUGUUCGAAGUGUUCAGAAUGGCGGCCGCCGCUCCGAUCACUUUCUUGAUAGAUGACAUAACCUUACUUUCGGCUGCCCCGCGAUUAUGGGUACGCACGCUCUCGCUCGCGGGUGAUAGCUCGCGACGCGACCGGCCAGAUAUGGCGGGACCGUGAUAGGAUUUCUCUUAGCGCGAGCGGUAAACUCGACAUACGUCGAGCGCACGUGGUGCAGCGCGGCCGUUGCGUCUGGGAUGAUGAUCGUCGACCUGGACUAUACGAGGCGCUACUUGAGCCUGCAGAUCAACGACGUGAUCUGCUGGUGGUGGUACUAUAUCAAGGAAAUCUCGUGGCAGCUGCUGAUCGCCCUGCUCGCGUACCUCUGCGUUUGCAUUUUCCUCUACGCUCUUCUCAAAAGAGUCGACCAUACCGCCUGGCAGCUACCAGGCCCGCCCGACAGGCUACUUCUGGUCACUGCUCAUCCCGACGAUGAGGUGAUGUUCUUCGGACCCCUGGUCUAUUGGCUGACGCGUUCCAAGGUUACCAAGGUCUAUCUGCUGUGCUUAUCAAUGGGUACAUGUCCUACCGAUGACCUAUCCUGGUGUCCAGGAUCUGUGCUUGCAGGUGGAGACAAAAGGAGGAUAGACGAGCUGUGGGCCUCUGCCAAGAUCUUAGGCAUCCCGGAGGCUAACAUAACGAUUAUCAUAAGCAGCGAGUUACCAGAUGACCAGACCGUGCAGUGGCCGAUAGACGAGGUGGCAGAGAGUAUUUUGCAAUAUAUAGAGAUCUACAAGAUCAAUGCUGUCGUUACGUUCGACAAGCACGGAGUGAGCCGGCACAGGAAUCACAUCUCCUUGUAUUUUGCCAUCGCCGCGUUGUGCAUAGAGAAGAAAGUACCUCCUUAUUGUAAGUUAUAUGUGUUAGAGUCCGUUAAUAUAAUCAGGAAGUACAUUCAACUCCUGGACUUGCCCAUCAGUUUACUCUCAGCCCCGUACUGGUACCUGGUGACGCGUGAACAAAAGCAUACAAUCAAAAAAGCUAUGGCUGCACACAAAUCUCAAUACGUUUGGUUCCGGAAAUUAUACAUGGUCUUCUCGCGAUAUACAUUCAUCAAUACCCUCCAAGAAGUCAGUGCUCUCGACUUGGAGUUAGACCUCCAGUUCGACGAGGACUAAAACGCGUCCGAACAAACGAAUAUUUGUACAAAAUAUAUAUAUAAUUAACAAUUAUUCUGUAUAUACUUUGUCUACCGAUAGAUAUUACAGCGACUAAUGUACAUUAAUACACAUUUAUGAAAACCACACGAAAGCUACGGAGAUUUUUGAGAUAUACAUGCAGGAGCGUACCUCAUUAAGCAGGAAAUAUUUUUUUAUUCGUAUAAUUAAUAGAAUAUACAUCGUGGAUUAUAUUUCCGAACGAGAAUGCGGCACGUAGCUUUCCUGUCCGUAACAAUAAAUCAGCUUUUUUUUUCUCCCUCGCAAAUAGCGCGUAUCGUCGUGUCAACCUUCUCUACUGCAUACAACCUUUCGUAGAUGCUACUACAUCGUGCGAGUUUCAACUUCACGAAAUUUGUCGUUUGAUAUGUACUCGUCAGGCGUGUAUGUGAAUGUAUGUAUGUGUAUACGUGUGUACAAUAAAAAUUUACUUAGAACAAUCAUA